UCUCACCCACUGCAGCCAGUCUGGUAAGCCAUCUACUACUAAGUACUGUCAGGGGCCCAGUGGGCCGUGUGGUCGUCUGCGAGAAGGAGCGGAGGGCGAUGGGGGGAGGAUGCCUUGAUAUGUGGGGUUAGGAGGUUGGGGGGAAGAGCGACUUGUUAUGUGGGACUCCGGCUCGAGUGCUGAGUGGAGAGGGGUAGGGAUGUUGGAGAAGGCGGUUGUCGGAGGAUUGGGGUGAAUUCUGGGCAAGAAGAGGGUUGAUCUCUCGGUGUUCUCGGCCGUAGACGACCCUUUGGUCGUCUGCCAAAGUGCACAGGCCUCUGACUUCCACUUCUUUUACUAGCAAACCUAUCACAUCAUGUCCAACGCCCAACCCGCCCCACCACCCCCCGGGCGCAACGUCUGGAACUUCUCGGCCGGCCCCGGCGUCAUGCCCCUCCCCGUGCUCGAGCAAGCCGCGCGCGAGCUCCCUAACUGGAACAACAGCGGCAUGUCCGUCAUGGAGCUCUCCCACCGCUCGCCCGAGUUCGAGUCCAUCCUCGCCGACGCCGAGCGUCAGUUCCGCCAACUGCUGGAUAUACCCCCCACCCACGCCGUGCUGUGGAUGCAAGGGGGUGCUACCACUCAGUUUAGCAGUGUGGUGUACAAUUUGUUCCCGGGGAAGGAUACGGGGAAGGUGGGGGAUUAUAUCGUCACGGGCGGGUGGAGCGAGAAAGCGAUGCAGGAGGCGCAAAGGUUGGGUGUACCCGUCAACGCCGUCAUCAACACCAAAAAGACAAACCAUGACGGGAACGUCCCCCCCACCGCGGAAUGGAACUUCACACCGGCCGAGAAAGCCGCCUACGUGUAUUACUGCGACAAUGAGACGGUGCACGGCGUCGAAUUUCCCGUCCCCGAAGGCUGCGACGUCGCCCGCCCACCGGCCGGAAUCGACCCCUCCGUCCCCGUCAUCUGCGACAUGUCCUCCAACAUCCUCUCCCGCCGGAUCGACGUGUCCAAAUACGCCGUGAUCUUCGCCGGCGCGCAGAAGAACAUCGGGCCCGCAGGCGUCACCGUCGUCAUCAUCCGGCGCGACUUGAUCGGCAACGCCCAGAAUGUCAACCACACCCUCACCGUCCCCCUCAUGCUUGACUUCAAGACCUACGCGGAUAAUAACUCCAUGUACAACACGCCCCCGACCUACGCCAUCUACAUCUCCAACCUCGUCUUCCACUGGCUCCUCACCACCGUCGGCGGCCUCCCAGCCAUGCAGCAACUCAACCACCAGAAAUCAACCCUCCUGUACACCGCCAUCGACGCCUCGGAAGGGUUUUACACGUGCCCGGUGAACCGCACAUGGCGGAGCAGGAUGAACGUGCCGUUCCGGGUCAAUGAUCCGGCGACGGGCAAGCCGAGCGAGGGGUUGGAGAAGGAGUUUGCGAAACGCGCGGAGGAGAGACGGAUGGUGCAGUUGAAGGGACAUCGGAGUGUCGGCGGGAUGAGGGCGAGUCUGUAUAACGCGAUGAGCUUGGAGGGUGUGAGGGCGUUGGUGGCGUUUAUGGAGGAGUUUAGGAAGGAGCAUGCCAAGUAGAGUGGGAAAAUAAGUGGGCCGGGAACGAGAUUGAAAUGGGUGCCGACAUAGGGGCUAAGACACCUGGGAUGAGCUGUAGAUUUUAGAUGCACCAGGGCCAAUACAUUCGGGUUUACCCACCCUUUCACGACCAGAGUUG